UCAAAACAUUUCACGAAAAAUCACACAAAUUUUACAAUUUUUCCUUAAAAAUACAGAAAAUUAAAAGAUAUAAAUUAUGCCAUUGCCUGCUGCUUUGUUAGAACGUCUCAAGAAACGAGGAAUUGUUAACGAAAAAGCAACAUCUCAAAACGAAAAGAAACUUCCUCAAAAUGAUUCUGAAUCCGAUUCCGAAGCUUCGGAAGAACAUUAUUCAGAUGAGGAGGAAAUUAUAGCUGAAGAUUAUGACGACAAUCCGGAUCAAUUCGAAUAUCAGUCAAAGCCGAAGGAGAAUUUGUGGAAAUUACGCUUGAAAAGUCGAAUUGCUGUCGAAAAUGACUAUUUAGGACACAAGGGAUGCCCAAACAAGUACAAUAUUUUCCAUCGUUGCACAAUUUACUGUUUGGAGCAUUGGAAAGAGGGCAUUUUGGAGCCAUCUGAUGCUUAUAUGGUGCGUUAUAAGCGCCUUAUCGAUCGAUAUCCUCUUCCAAAAGCAUGGACUCCCGUUUACGACGUCGGUAUUGGAGCAUUUUACUUUUGGAAUGAAGAUGAACAAGUUGUCUCAUGGCUUCCUCCGUCACAUCCAAAGGCGAAAAUAUCUAAAACUGCUGCGGUAUUGCGACGUGAAAUGGAUUUAGUUGAACCGCCAAUAACGACGGAUGAUGGUGUUCCAAAAUUAUUUAUUACAAAGUCAAAACCCAUCAAUGAAUAUGAUGAAAAGUUACAACCGCCUGUUGUUCGUCCUCCAAAACCGAAGCCUCAGCCGAAACAACCGAAAUGGAAUCGAAAGUCUCGCGCCGAAUUAGCACCGAAUGAUCCAAUGGAUCCGAGUUCUUAUUCAGAUUCGUGCCCUCGCGGUACAUGGAGUAGCGGAUUAGAGGGAACAGAGAAAAAAGGCGUCGAUUCAACUGUUAGCGGGUCAGGAUUUCAACAAAGACCAUAUCCGAAUCCGGGAGCUGUAUUGGCAGCAAAUCGUGGGCGAGGAAGAUCACGAAGUCGUUCACGUUCAAGAAGUCGUUCACGCGAACGAGACGAUCGUCGACGAAAUGAUCGACGAGACGACAGAAGAAGACGAUAA